ACAGCUCUUCCACUGACAAUUUGGAAGAAAAUAAUUUCCCUUUAUUUAGCAUUGGAAGACCAGCUCAUUCUUCGAGUCUUCUGAAACAAAAUCAGAAUGGAUUGGGGAGAUGAAUAUUCCCAUAAUUCUUUUAACCUACAUUGUUUGUUAAAUUCACUUCCUGGAGACUUGGAGUUUAAGCAGAUCUUCAGUGACAUUGAUGAAAAGAUACAACAAAAUGCUAUAAGCAUAGAACAUUGCAUUAAAGAAAUACAAUCUGAAGUUAACAAGCAGUGUCCAGAUGUGCAGCUGCAAACGACAACUGACUGUAUUGAGUGGCUAGAUAACUAUAAUUAUAAUUCAUCCAAAUCGCCUUCCAUUCCCUGUGGAGAUUUGAUAAAAUUCCUCAAAACACUGCAAGAUUCAUUGAUGCAUGAGCUAAAUCAAGAAGAGGUGAUACUGGAUUUACUUUGGGAUCUCUCCUGCCGGAGCAGCAUUUCAUUCCCAGCGACUCUAAGUGGAGCAUCUUUUCAUUUCCUCUCCAGAACGUCUCUUCAUUCUGUUGAAGAUGAUUCCUCCAUGGAUGUAAAGUCUAUCUGGGAGAACAUAAGGCUACAUCUUAGACGCUUCUUAGUGAACAAAUUACAAAGCUUUAAUGAAGUCAUCAAUUCACAGCACAAAAUUUGGUUGAAAAAGCAGUGCCUACAACAACUGUUGUUUCUUUAUCCAGAAUCCGAAGUCCUAAUCAAGUACCAAAGCAUACAGAAUAAACUGUUGGCUGAACUCCUGCAGAACUGUCGUCCUGCUUACAGCAGAGAAUCGAAUUUAGAUGAAAUGGCUCAUGGAUACCAAAGUAUGAUGUUUAAGUUAUACUCAGUGAUAAAAGAGGAUUUUACCACACUACAUGAAAUUUUAGCUCCCACCUCAAUGGUAAAAUUCAUUAAAGAAACUUACCUGGAUACUGCUGCAGAAGAAAUGGCAAAGUUUCUUGAAAAUGUUUGUGAGCUGCAGUUCAAAGAAAGUGCUGUCCGUGUGAUUAAAACAAGCAAGAGCUCCAGCAGGCAUAGAGGAGCAGUGCAUGCUUUGGUUACACCUGAAUGCUCACAGAAAGGAAGAAACAUUUUCCUCUCCAUAGAUGAACUCAAAUUCUUAGCACAGCUCAUAAAAUCCUUUUUGAAGCUGGAAAAAAAUGUUGAAGAAUUAUUGGAAGAAAUAUUUGUAUCACUCAAGACACCCAGAAUUCCUUCAGGAAUUUUGGAUACAUCCAUUCGGAAAGUUGUAACAGAGAAACCUAAAAGAAAUGAAACUAGUGUUCCUUCAGAGCAAUUGCUACCAGUAAAAGAAGCCGCUUUACCAGAUUUUGGUUGGCGAAAUGCGUUUAAAAAGGUGUCUCUUCCCGUGGCACAUUGUAUGCCAGCAGCAAUUGAAGACUUUUCCACAAAAACUCUCCAACAGGAGCAGAAUGAAAGGUCUUCGGCUGCAACCUAUGCUAUGAACCUUGUAAAUGUCCAGCCAGUUUGGCAAGACAGUCACGUGGUUCCGGGGGAGGACCAACCAAAGAAAAUUGCAAAGUUUUGUUCUGACAUCAUGGAAAAACUUGACACAAUGCUUCCACUGGCUCUGGCAUGCAGAGAUGAUUCUUUCCAGGAAAUUAGAGCAAACUUUGUGGAAGCCUGUUGUAAAGUGGCUGCAGCUGUCCUGGCCAGACUGCAGGAGAGAGGCAAGGAGUUCCCUUCCAGAGCACCCCUGACGAACCUACACACGCUGCUCUCCACAGCGGUGUAUGUCUUCCAGCGUUUUACGCAGUAUGAUAAUUUGAUGAGAGAUAAUACUAAGAAACCCAUAUUCCUGGUGCCUGUCCAACGAUAUCAGGAAUUCAUCAACACUCUACAGUUUCAGGUUACGGACUACUGCGUCAGAGUCUGUGCUACAAGCAUUUUACAGGAUGCUGAGAGCCACCACUGGGAUGACUACAAAGCUUUUUAUGAGGGGGAAAGAUGCUCCUUCUCACUCCAGAUGUGGCACUAUUUCUUCUGCGCUCUUCACCAUGAUCUCUGGACCAUUAUGCCCCCUAAGUUAGCCCAGGAGAUUCUAACAGACGUGCUGGAGAAAUGUUUGGGUCUACUGGCCUCCAGAUAUGCUCGGGCCCAUCCCAGUUAUAAGAGAACUCCGCAGAUAAGACUUGAUGUCACGACAAUUUUAAUAUGCACUGAGAACUUGCUUUGGUCAGUUUGCACAUCUGUACAGAAGCUUUUGAAUCCUCUUGAAUAUAGAGAUGAUAAAAUUUUUAAAAUUCAUACCCACUGUAAUAAUCUGUUUACAACAUUAGUUGUUUUGACUUCACCAUUAACUGAAUUAUAUCAGGCUUUUCAGCAUGGCUUGGAUGAUUCUGCUUCAGAUUCUAUGAAACCAAUUUUUAAGCAACCAUUGCAUUGGUUUUCUUGCAUAUCACAUUUCUACCCUUCUUUACUCAGGGCUCCGUCAUCUGGACGACUGACAGCCGAGGGUCAAUUGAAACUGCUCUUAUCCCAGCCAGAUUGUAAUUGGAACCUGCUUCUGGAAACCCUACUGCAUCAAGAUGGUCUUUUACUGAGAAUCUUGCUGAAGAGCUCAAAACGUACCUUUCAAGAACAAGGUUCUGAUGCAGAUAAUAAUCUGAACCAAGGAUCCAGCUUAAUAGAAACCAUCUUUAAAGUAUUGUACCAUUGCAAUUUUUCUCCACAAACAUUUGGAAAUGUUUUCGUGAGCUACAUGGAAGAAGAACAAUUAUGGGACUUUCUAUAUAACAUUCCAGUCUCAACGUGCAUGGAGUCCGAGCCAGAGGUCAUCCGAUGCUUGAGAUUGGCACUGACUGAUGCUAUCAAGGACAUUGUACAGCAGAUAGUAUUUGUGAUGAGGUCUGGGAGAGACCGUGGGGCCAAACCAAACAGGCACAGUGUUCCUGAAUGUUUGUGUGAGAGCAUUCCAAAGGAAUGGAAUUAUACUCCAAAAGAAACUCAGAAGAAAGAUUCAAGCAAAGGCUUCACAAGGCUUGCUGCUCAGGCAGUGUCUAUUGUAAUCAGCGAGUUACCUACGGUGAUUGCAUGUUUGCCUCCCCCAAUUAAAUACUUCUUUUUUCUGUCUGAGAGAAAAAUGUCAAAAAACUUUGUUGAAUUGAAGAAAGCUAGCCUCCUCGUCUGGAACUUGAUUGUAAUUAUAUGUCGGAUAUUUGAGGAUGGAAACACUGUGGAACUUUUAACAGGUGCCUCCCUUGACAGAUGGAGUAAAGAGAAACUUGGUUUAAUCUGCGUGUGUUUGGAAAGUAUCAUGGGAAAGCAGACAAGUGACCCUAAUCAAAUGGCCCAAAAGGUCAUGCAGAUCAUUGAGCAGCAGAAACCCAACUGGAUUGAGAGCCAGUUGGUGAAGGCAAGGAAACUGAGCACCAAAUGUGCAUUUAUGACAGCGGAGAGAAGCACAGCCUUAGAAGAAGGAGAUAGUGCUCUUGAACCGACUGAGCAGAAAAUAAACAUGAUGGUCCUGGAUAUCUGCCACAAACCAGGUGGCAGCGAGUACCUGCGGCAAAUUUAUCACAUCAUGCGGCUCAAUGAGGAAUAUUUAAAAGAACAGCUGUUUUCUAUGAAUGGUUCAGAGGAAAAGCCAUUACCUGUCAGACCUUUAAAGACGACCUUGAGAAGUGUGGAAGAUCAGCCUUCUGCCUUUAACCCUUUCCAUGUGUACAAGGCGUUUAGUGAAAACAUGUUAGAUCAGUCAGCCAUCACAAAAUGGAGCUGGAAUUGGUCAAACUUGCUGCCAAAUUAUCUGGGACUGGAUAAGAUGACCUUCAGUGUACUGCUCAAAAACAGGUGGGAAAUGAGAAAGGAUGAAAGACUAGAAGAGGAAGAAAAAGCAAUGCUGGAACAUUUAAAACAAUUUUGCACCAUCCAGAACUCUUCUGUCUCAGAUAACACAGAGGAACCAUAAUCUGCAGAAAACAGCAACAGCUUUAUUUUAGGAAAUAAUCACAUGUAAUGGAGUAGGAUUUUUACUAUAGUCAGAAUGAACCUCAGAUGUGCUGUGAAGCAUGAAACCAAUAACUGAGUAAUCUCUGAAAUGAAAAGGAGACACCAUAUAAAGAAUAAAGUGCUACAUAUUUUUUACUUUAAAAAUAAUUUCAAAAUGUUUUUUCUUUCCUCAGUUUUUCUCUUUAUAUAACUGCUGCCAUCUCGUGUUCCCUUUGAAUUA